AUGACGAUUCCUCAAGGCUAUGAAGAAUUGACGGGCAAGAAGGUUCCUCCUGGUUCUGUUUGUCGUCUCCACAGAUCCUUAUAUGGUCUCAAGCAAGCAUCAAGACAAUGGAAUCACAAACUCUCUGCUGUUUUCUUCAAUGAAGGAUUCGUUCAAGCGCAUGCUGAUCAUUCUCUGUUUGUGAAGACUACAUCAACUCUGUUUCUUGCUGCCUUGAUAUAUGUUGAUGAUAUCUUGCUCGUAGGCAAUGAUGAAGCUGCUAUUGCACACUUCAAAUAUGUGCUGGAAGCUGCUUUCAAGCUCCGGGUUCUUGGUCCAGCUAAAUAUUUCUUGGGUUUUGAGAUUGCCAGGAAUGCUCAAGGCAUAUCUCUCAAUCAAAGGAAGUACACGUUGGAGCUUCUCCAAGAUGCAGGCUAUCUUGGUUGCAAACCGGUUACAGUUCCUAUGGAACCAAAUCAAAAGCUAUCUGAGUCUACUGGUACUUUACUGCCUGAUGCUUCUGUUUUCAGGAAGAUUGUGGGUCGUCUCUUAUAUUUGACUCAUACAAGACCAGAUAUCACUUAUGCUGUGCAUAAGCUCAGUCAGUUCAUGGCAGCUCCACGUUCUGAUCACCUCACUGCAGCAUAUCGAGUCCUUCGCUACUUGAAGAAUGAUCCUGCUCAAGGCUUAUUCUACUCGUCUUCAACUGAUCUGGCCUUGACUGCGUUUAGUGAUGCUGACUGGGCAACAUGUCCUGACUCUAGACGCUCCAUCACUGGUUACUGCAUCUUUCUUGGUGACUCUUUGGUGUCUUGGCGCUCAAAGAAGCAACCAACGGUCUCCCGGAGCAGCUCGGAAGCAGAGUAUCGUGCCAUGGCAGAUGCUACUUGUGAGCUUAUCUGGUUAACGUCUCUGCUCAAGUCUCUUCAUCAGUCUCCUUCUGGCCCUGCAACAUUGUUCUGUGAUAACAUGUCUGCUCUGCACAUUGCCUCCAACCCUGUAUUCCACGAACGCACGAAGCACAUCGAGAACGACUGUCAUGUGGUUCGGGAACGGUUGCAAAGCGGGUUCUUGAAGACAAUGCACGUGAAGAGUGAACAUCAGCUUGCUGAUCUAUUCACUAAAGCUGUUCAACCGAAUGUUUUCAAGACCUUAACAUCCAAGAUGGGUACUCACAAGUUGUUCAUUCCAUCUUGA